AUGGUUCUGUUUCUCCCGCCUCCGGACGACGAUCAGUUCAAGGUGUGGCUGAAAAGCAUAGAUCAAGAUGGUGAUGGUAAGAUCAGUAGGAAAGAGCUGCGACGCGCACUUCGUGUGCUUGGCGUGAACUGCGCGUGGUGGAAGGCUUGGAGAGCGCUGGUGCAUGCUGACCUUAACCAUAACAAGCACAUCGACGGCGAUGACGAGGCCGAGGAACUCAUCAAAUAUGCCGUGAAGCGGAAUUGGGAUAAUCAGCUGACAGCGCAAGAGUUCAAGGAGUGGCUGAAAAGCAUCGAUCUAAACGGCGAUGGCUUGAUCAGCAGGAAGGAGCUGCGCGACGGGCUUCGUGCGCUUGGCUUGAAUAGCACACAGUGGAAGGCUUGGAGAGCGCUAGUGCAUGCCGACCUUAACCGUAAUAAGCACAUCGACGGCGAUGAGGAGGUCGAGGAACUCGUCAAUUAUGCGAGAAAGCGUUGGGGUAUAAUUGUUAAUUAA